ACGCGAGACGAGAGGUGUGACUAGAUUCUCCCUUCUUUGUUGUUUGUUAUCAAGUGGUGAGUUUAUGUGAUUGUGUCAGGGGGCGUGUCCAUGUUAUAUAGCAACAGGUUAUUUUUGUAUAACAUCAAGUUAAUAAUCCAAGGCUCCUUCACGGUUACCACUAAUAUUUCAAUUAUUGCAUUUUAUCUCUUUAGCAUAAACUAGUUGUGGACAUAGCCUAGAUAACCUAGAUUUAAUCGAUUACGGAAACUGUACAUUGUUUUGGCUGAUCAUGAGUCCUGCCCCAGGAGUGUCCAUGAUGGAAGAGUCAGCUGCCACUGUCAAUGUCAGUCUUCUCGACAAGUUUAGGAAGGAAGCCAGCUUCGAUUGGGAAAAGAUGAGAUUAAAUAUAGAAGAUCCGGAACUACUUGCUGUAAAAUGUCGAGUGUGGAGGAUGUUAGAGCAAAACCAGCUGUUUGAGCGUCGGCCGGCAAUGUUGUCAGACGACGAGAAGCGACUGACGGCCAAACAACUGAUAGAGUUGCACCACUCUGGUGUGUUCGAUAACAUCCACACACAGUGCUACAAGAAACGGACCAGGUACAUAAUGACAGUCAACGAAGCAACCAACAUGUACAGUCCGAGUCUUUCCGUGAAGCACGCCCUGGGAGUGACGUUGUUCGCCAAUGCUAUCUUGAGUUUGGGAACUGAUAGACACAAGAAAUUCUUCAAUGAUGUUUGGGAAGGAAAGAUAUUGAGCUGCCUAGCACUAACGGAGCUGGCCCAUGGGAGUGACACCAAGCGUCUGCGCACCACUGCCAAUUACGAUAGUGCAACGCAAGAGUUCAUCAUCCAUACGCCAGACUAUCAGGCUGCCAAGUAUUGGGUUGGCAAUUUGGGUAAACAGUGCACACACGCCAUGGUAUUUGCGCAGCUAUGGGCUGGCAACACGUGUCAUGGUUUGCACGCGUUUAUUGUGCCAGUGAGAGAUCCAACCACUCUGCUACCAUAUCCUGGCCUUACCAUUGGGGACAUCGGGGAGAAGGCAGGGCUCCAUGGGAUUGAUAACGGGUUUAUUAUAUUCAACAUGUAUAGGAUACCCAGAGAGAACCUGCUGAAUCGUAUCGGAGACGUAACACCAGACGGAGAGUACGAAACUUCAUUUACAGAUCCUCAACGGAUAUUGGGUGCUGCACUGGAGAAUCUGUCAGCCGGCCGCGUAGCCAUCAUGCAGGAGAGCUCCAACUCACUGGCUUGCGCUGUCACAAUCGCAGUGAGAUACGCGGCGCAACGUACACAGUUCUGUGAUUUAUCAGGUCAAGAGCAGCCCUUACUAUCCUACCAACUGCAUCAAUGGAGAUUGUUCAAACAUUUAGCAGCUGCCUACGUACUGAAGGUGUUUGUGAGGGACUUCUGUAACCAGUACCUGGACUGUGUGGUCCUCUCACACAGUGGAUCAGAAGACAUGAAGAUGUUGUCCAACAUGGUGUCCGGAGUACACGCUAUCGUCUGCUGCAGCAAGCCUCUGCUCACUUGGGCAGCACGGGAUGCCAUCCAAGAGGCAAGGGAAGCUUGUGGUGGCAAUGGUUAUCUGAAAGCGGCAGCAUUGGGGGACUUGCGUAACAACCACGACCCCACGGUGACCUAUGAGGGAGACAAUAACGUGCUGCUGCAGCAGACAACCAACUGGCUGCUGAGGCAGGCUCAGCAGUUGAACGGGGACAGUGAGCAGUUGUACUUCCCCCUGUCCUGUGUCCACUACCUGACGUCCACGUCACUGAACAACGCACACUACUACGGCAGGCCUGUCCGCUCACAUAAUUGUAGUUGUUGAGGAGACAUUUGACUGGCUAGUCUGUUGGUUGCUGGAGACUACACAAGCCAAGGUCGACUCACUCACUGC